GCUGCGACCAACAAGUUUCCAAUAUCCUGCUGCUCCUGCCUCUAAAGAUCUCCACAGUAAACAUGUGCCUGCGCUCUUGAUUGCUGCCCUCCAUCUCCAUCUCAUUCUCUAUCUUCAUCACCAUUACCAUCUUGUCUCUAUUCACCAGCUACUUCUCCUUUGUACAGUCUAUAAUUGGUCGAUACAUCCCACCCGACACGACACGAACGACACGCACAAACCCUCCAUCGUGUCUUUCAUCCUUCCCUCACCCACCUUGAGGUCACCACUCUCCCAAACCUACCUGCCAACUUUUCUUCCUCUCCCCAUCCUCUCCCUCUUUUGACACGUCCCCUGCCAAUUCGGCCACGGUCGUCGACAAUGGCCACCCUCGGCGACGAUCUCCUCCGCACCGUCAACAAACUCCAGGAUCUUGUCUUCAACACAAUCGGCAAUGAUUCUCUCGAUUUGCCGCAGAUUGUUGUUGUUGGCUCCCAAUCCUCGGGAAAAUCCUCCGUUCUCGAAAACAUUGUCGGCAGAGACUUUCUCCCCCGAGGUAGUGGUAUCGUUACACGACGACCGUUGAUCCUGCAGCUCAUCAAUAUUCCUCCCGACGAUGAGGAUGUCAAUGGCGAAAGCGAGUAUCUUGCACCCCACACCCCUGCCAGUGUCGCGUCACACGGCGAAUGGGCCGAAUUUCAUCAUAUUCCCGGGCGCAAAUUCACAGAUUUCAACCAGGUCAGGGCUGAAAUUGAAAACGAGACGGCGAGAAUUGCGGGCAACAACAAAGGCAUCAACAGGCAGCCCAUCAACCUGAAGAUAUAUUCUCCUCACGUCCUCAACCUGACCCUGGUCGAUUUGCCAGGUUUAACAAAGGUCCCCAUCGGAGACCAACCCGCAGAUAUCGAGAAGCAAACUCGCACCUUGAUUUCCGAAUACAUUGCCAAACCUAACAGCAUCAUCCUCGCCGUCUCUCCAGCCAAUGUCGACAUUGUCAAUUCCGAAGCUCUCAAGCUCGCCCGCCAUGUCGAUCCCAUGGGAAGACGGACAAUUGGUGUUCUCACAAAACUGGACCUGAUGGACCAUGGUACCAAUGCUAUGGAUAUUCUCUCCGGCCGCGUUUACCCCCUCAAGCUCGGAUUCAUCGGUGUCGUCAAUCGAUCACAACAAGACAUUCAGACCCAGAAGCCCAUGUCAGAGUCCUUGCGGUCCGAAGCAGAAUUCUUCAGACAUCACCCUGCAUACCGGAACAUGGCUACAAGAUGUGGAACGCAGUAUCUGGCAAAGACCCUCAAUACCACCCUGAUGGGUCACAUUCGCGACCGACUACCAGACAUCAAAGCUCGUUUGAACACUCUCAUGGGCCAGACACAACAAGAGUUGGCCAGCUACGGCAGCAAACAGUUCAGCGGCAAGGAGCAUCGAGGUUCCUUGAUUUUACAACUCAUGACCCGUUUUGCAACCUCGUUCAUCUCCUCCAUCGACGGCACAUCAUCUGAAAUCUCAACAAAGGAGCUGUGUGGUGGUGCCAGAAUCUAUUACAUUUUCAACUCGGUCUUUGGCAACUCCCUUGAGACCAUCGACCCCACGACCAAUCUCUCCGUCCUCGACAUUCGAACUGCCAUCCGGAACUCGACAGGGCCCAGGCCCAGCCUUUUCGUGCCUGAGCUGGCCUUCGACCUCCUGGUCAAGCCUCAAAUCAAGCUCCUCGAAAUUCCCAGCCAACGGUGCGUGGAACUGGUUUAUGAGGAGCUCAUCAAGAUUUGCCACACGUGCGGUUCAACCGAAUUAUCGAGAUUCCCAAGAUUGCAGGGCAAGCUGAUUGAAGUGGUGUCGGAUCUCCUGCGAGAACGACUGGGGCCCAGCUCAACCUACGUCGAAUCCCUCAUCUCCAUCCAGCGAGCCUACAUCAACACUAACCAUCCCAACUUCCUCGGAGCUGCCGCCGCCAUGUCCUCGGUCAUUGCGAGCAAGAACGAAAAAGACAAGAAGGCUGCCCAGGCAGAGGAGCGAAGGAAAAGAGAGAAACAACGACAGAGGCAGCUUGGCGCGAAUGGGGUUGCUACCCCUGACGAUGAAGAGGCCGAGAACGAAGACAAGCCAACAUCUUUGCCCGUGCGAAAACACCCCGCACUCAGUCGAAGCAUGUCACCUGCCGUCGCUCGAGACCGGGAAAAUGGCAGCAUCUCAAGCGUAACUGGAGCUCCUGGGGCCAAAGAUUCUUUCUUAAAUUACUUCUUCGGUAAGGACGGCAGUAUCCAGUCCGCCAAUCUCCCCUCAGCCACAGCGACCAAUGGACCAGGGGCGCGACAUGUCAGUCACAGUGCCGAGCCCAGUUUCUCUCAGAGCAUCCGCAGACCAGAGACUCGAGGAAGCUUCACAGAUCGAUCCCCGGCUUAUCCACCAGCUGUGGUCGAUGAUUAUGGAACCGCUCCCUCGGAGUAUGGCGGCGAGUCCAACUCAUUAUUCGUAAGUGAAUACCCCAUGUGGGAGAUUUCCAGCUCUAACAGCAAUUCACAGCCUGAACAUCCGGCGGAGCCGGCAUUGACAGACCGAGAAGCCCUCGAGACCGAGUUGAUCCGGCGUUUGAUCAGCAGUUAUUUCAACAUUGUGCGCGAAACAAUUGCCGACCAGGUUCCCAAGGCCAUUAUGCAUCUAUUGGUCAAUCACUCGCGGGACGAGGUCCAGAACCGACUGGUCAGUGAGCUGUACAAGGAGGAACUGUUUGCGGACCUUCUGUACGAAGACGACGGUAUCAAGAAGGAACGAGAAAAGUGCGAGAAACUGCUGGCCACAUACAAAGAGGCGGCCAAGAUUGUCGGCGAGGUCCUGUAAGAUGGCGUGUUUGAAGACUAGGGAUGUACCACAUGUAGAGUUUGGUUGACAGCUAUAACCAAAAGGCGGCGCUGGUACAGGAGUUCACAACGAAACGAGGACUGAAUGAACCGUGGAAUGGCACCGCAAGGCUGGCAAGGCCGGCUCACUAUUGACGGAGCGUUGGAUCUCUCAAAUCAUGUUUUAUCAUAUCAGACAUUGCGACUACCUUUGCCCUAACCAGAGGGGCCACACCGAUAGGGGUAGGUGCUUCUCAAAGGAGUCUCGACUCAUCAUAUCCAUCUUGUCACAUUAACAUCAUCAAUCAACCCAUAUCUCUCUAAA